GCUCGGCCCCCCGAGCCACCGCCGCUAUGUACGACCCCGAGCGCGGCUGGAGCCUGUCUUUCUCGGGCUGCGGCUUCCUGGCCUCGUACCACAUCGGGGUGACCUGCUGCCUGAGCGACCGCGCCCCGCACCUCCUCCGCGACGCGCGCAUGUUCUUCGGCGCCUCGUCUGGAGCGCUGCACUGCGUCACCUUCCUGGCGGGGAUGUCGCCGCACCUGAGUCUGCAGAUCCUUAUGGACCUUUGCCGGAGUGCCAGGAGCCGGAACAUUGGCAUCUUCCACCCAUCUUUCAGUGCGGGCAGGAGCAUCCGAGAAAACCUCCACAGACACCUUCCAGCCAACGUCCACCAGCUCAUCUCCGGGAAGAUGUUCAUCUCGCUCACCAGAGUGUCGGACGGGGAGAACGUGCUGGUGUCUGAUUUUCAGUCCAAAGAUGAAGUCGUGGAUGCCUUGCUGUGUUCCUCCUUCAUCCCUUUCUACGUUGGCUUAAUCCCUCCUUCCUUCAGAGGCGUGCGAUACGUGGAUGGAGGAGUGAGUAAUAAUAUGCCCUUCUUUGAUGCAAAAACGACCAUCACUGUGUCCCCCUUCUAUGGGGAGUGUGACAUCUGCCCUAAAGCCUUGUCCACGAACUUUCUCUACAUGGACUUCACCAAGCUCAGUGUGCGCCUCUGUUCAGAGAAUGUCUACCUUAUGUUACGAGCGCUGUUCCCUCCGGAUCUCAAGGUGCUUGGAGCGCUAUGCCUUCAGGGGUAUUUAGACGCGGUCAGGUUCUUGGAGGAGAAGGGCAUCUGUAACAGGCCCCAUCUGUACCGGAUUUUAUCUUCCCAAGAGCCGGAGGUCCUCGCGUCCCUGCGGGAACACACGAGCCUGGAGUCUGCCCCAGGCAUCACCACUGGGGAGAUGAGUCCUGAGGGAGAUGAGCUGCUGGACCACCUGCGUCUCAGCAUCCAGCACUGGGACGAGAGCAUCCUGGAGACCCUGUCGCCCAAGCUCACUAUAGCGCUGAGUGAAGCAGUGAAACACCGAGCUGGAUACAUGAGCAAGAUUUGCAACUUCCUACCGAUUAAGGUGAUGUCCUAUGUCAUGCUGCCCUGCACGCUCCCCGUGGAGUACACGAUCGCCGUGAUCCACAGACUAGUGACGUGGCUUCCGGAUAUUCCUGACGACAUCCAGUGGCUGCAGCAGAUAACCUCCCAGAUUUGUUCUCGAGUGAUGACGCGUCUGCUCCCCACGUCCAGAUCCCAAACGCUGGCAAGCAGCCAACAGCCCCCGCCCAACAGAAACCAGAACACAAUGGGCACUACUGGCCUCCCCACCCCGCGGUGGACCCGGAUGCCGCCCUGUGGACAGUCCAGUAGAGGCCAAAGCCGAGGCUGCCCGGCAAUCCAUCUUCUAGUCCAGCCUGACCUCCUGUAG